UGUCCUCUCUCUCUCUCCAUUGGGUUUCUAGAGGCAUUUCAAUGUCCAUUUCUGAAGGCUCUUCUCCAGCUUCAAUAUCCCAGAGGGAAAACUCCUCCACAGCUAGUCCGAGUAUUCAAAUGGUUUCGAAAUCUGUAUCUGAGAGGCUGCUAGGGAAGUUCUUUGAUGCCUCCCAAUAUGACUUUGAUUAUGAGCAGAGUGGUUUGUGGUCUCCUCCAAUACAGCGUAGGGUGUUUUUGGACACUCCAGGGAGCAUAUGUUCCGAAGACGUGAUAUUCUCAAAACUAAAGAAGGCAUGGAGGAGACGCAUAUUUUGUUUCAGUUUUGGCUUUUGGUGCUCUUGAAGACAAUUAUCUUGGUGCCACCCUCGCAAUGACUACUUCGACAAAGCCAUGUUUUGUCUCUAUGUGUAGCGUAAAGGGCAAGAGAGACGCAUCCAGCAUCUACAAGUCGAUCUUGUCCCCCCCA